AAUGCAAACAGGUUUCCUCUAACUUAUCCUCCAGAAGUUUAAGGUAAUUUAAAAAAAAAUUUGACAUUAAAUUGCAUUGAUUAAGUAGUAAGUUAUUCAGUAGUUAGGUUUGGUUUUACGAAUAUCCAACUUCAUAAAAAGUUCAAGUGACAAAGGAAAGCUGACUCAAGUGCUGAGUGAAGUGCUUAGUUUUUGAUGAGUAAGGAUAUGGAUAGUCGAAUGAACUGUUUAGAACAUGAGACAGAGUCAUAGUGAGGCUGUCCCGGUGUUCAUUGCCUUAAGAUGUUCGUUCCUGUUAUGCUGGUAAUAGCAACGUUCACAUCAAUAUGUAACGGAGCCAACAUCUUAGCUCUACUUCCUGUCAACUGUCGUAGCCAUUUCUUGGUAAUGGAACCUCUACUUCUGGAACUUCAUCAGAGAGGCCACCGUCUCACCGUAGUAUCCAGCUUCCCUCAGAAAACAACGAUGGCAAAUUACACGGACAUCGACUUUUCUCCUCAAAUUCCACCGCUUAUUAGUGUUUUCACUCCAGAAGUUCUCAGAGAGAAAACUUCAAACGUUAUAAAAUCUGCCUUAUUUAUUACUGAAAUUCACAUGACUAUUUGUGAACAGUUAAUUAGGCAUGAAAAAGUUAUUAAUCUUUUGAAUGAAACCUUUGACCUUAUUAUAGGAGAAAUAUUUGGUUCUGAUUGCUUAAACUACAUAGUUUACAAGCUAAAUGCUCCCUUCAUCAGUUGGGUUGUCAGCACAUCUUCCCCUUGGUCGUCUUAUCGCACUGGUCUUCCGGACAACCCUUCUUAUAUACCAAAUUACUUUGUAGACUACGGUGAUGAAAUGAAUUUUGUUCAAAGAGCUAUCAGUACUGUCUCCUUGUUUACUAUGAAAGUGCUCUACUAUUACUACUCGGAACUUCCCAGUCAGAGACUGGCUGAAGAAGUGUUCAAUGAGAAUUUACCAUCCUUGGACGAAGUGAAUCGACAAACAUCUCUGGUAUUAGUGAACAGUCACUUUGUAUUUUCACAAAGCCGACCGUUUCCACCUAGUGUGGUUGAAGUUGGAGGAAUACAUAUACGAGAUAUCCGACCUUUACCGAAGGACAUAAAGGAGUUUCUGGACGGCGCCAAAGAUGGCGUGGUUCUAGUCAGUUUCGGUUCGCUCGUGAGGAUGGCUGCGCUGCCUCCUAGGGUCAUUCGCAUGUUUCUGGAGGUAUUCUCUACUCUGCCACAGAGAUUUAUUCUCAAGUACGAAGACGAACUGCCGAACACGCCGCCUAACGUCAUGAUUAAGAAAUGGAUCCCACAACUAGAUAUCACUGCCCAUCCCAAUGUUAGAGCAAUCAUCGCACAUGGUGGGCUAGCCAGCACUACAGAAGCCGUGCACUUCGCCAAACCACUAGUACUAAUCCCAUUCUAUACUGAUCAGUAUCAGAACGCUAAUAAUAUAAUACGUCGUGGUGGUGGUAUCCUGCUAGAUAUCUCCAAUCUGUCACAAAGAGACAUAUCUCAGGCUCUAACGACGGUGCUCAAUGAUGCCAGUUACACAAUGAACAUGAGACGACUGUCGCAAAAAUUCCGGGACCGACCGAUGACGCCGCUGCAGACAGCAGUGUACUGGACAGAGUACGUCAUCAGACACCAGGGGGCGCCACACUUGCGACCGGCAUCUGUCAAUCUUCCGUUAUACCAAUACUUGCUGCUUGACGUUAUCGCUAUUCUGGCCAUAUUGUUAGCUGCAGUAUUUUGCAUAGUACAUUAUAUUAUGAACUUGAUUUCUAAUCUCAACUAGAUCAUUUAAAAACACA